AUGGUGCUGAGUGGCAAAAUGUCGCCGCGAUGCCCGCUCGCGCUGCAGCUGCUACUGCUGGCCGCAGCGCUCGCCAACCAGAUCGAGGACAUACCUCACAAUGAAGUCAAGAAUUGGGCGCUCAAAUUCGGCGUGGACCUGUGGGAGUUCGGCCGCCACUUCACGAAGAUGAACCAAAUACAAAACAAAUACCACGAGUACAACGUUGAGGUGGUUCGCAAAGAUGGGCUGCUUCUUGUACGCGAGCUGGCGGCGGAGGUGAAGAACCAUAUGGACUUCAAGAUAAACGCCGUCAUGCGCAUCAUGGACUCGGCCGAGGCGGCGGCCCUGUCGCCCGCCAGCAGCGCGCUGGACGGCAGCCCAGGGUCGUACUUCGACGCGCGCUGGCUGAACGUGCACGCUGACGACGGCACCCUGGCCGCGCGUGCGCGCCGCCUGGUGCUCACGCCGAGCAGACACUUCGACCACAUCGCCGUAAACACUACGUACAGCGCCGUGCUCAUGCCGCCGUACAUCGACAUCGGAGAUGCAGAAGUAAAGAAUCAAAUAUACUGGUCGGAGCACUUAGACCCGCUGUUUAUGAACAACUAUGAGAUCGACCCUACGCUAUCUUGGCAGUACUACGCCUCAUCAACGGGCUUCAUGAGGCGAUAUCCAGCAAUGUCCUGGCCCCCGGAAGACGGUUACUCGCACCACGCGAGGGACUUCUACGACUUCAGGUCGUCCAACUGGUUCGUCGAGGCGGCCACCUCGCCGAAGGACUUGGUCAUCCUGAUGGACGACUCCGAUGACCUCGGCUCCUCGUAUCGGCGGCUGGCGAAGGCCACCGUGGCCGCCCUGCUCGACACCCUCGGACCGAAUGACUUUGUUAACGUGUACCGUUACAGCGACACGAUAUCUGAAGUCCAUCCAUGCUAUACGAAGAUUUUGGCCCAGGCUGUACCUGAAACUUUGCGUGAACUGAAAACCUCACUUUGGGCUGCGGAACCGGCCGGCGGAGUGGCCAACUUGACCGGAGCUCUGACGACCGCCUUCGAGAUACUGCAUCGGUACAACCGUACCGGCCAGGGUUGCCAAUGCAACCAAGCGAUAGCGGUAGUCGGUGCUGGUGGUGGCGCCGGUGGAGUGAAAGGAGUGUUCCGCGUGUGGAACUGGCCCCACAUGCCCGUCAGGAUAUUCACGUACCGAGUUGCCGGCGACGCGGCCGCUGGACAUACCAUGAAAGAUAUGGCGUGCACCAAUAAAGGUUUCUAUGUCACCAUCAACAAUCACGCGGAAAUCAGACACAAAGUUCUACAUUUCGUCGAGGUGCUUGCAAGGCCGCUCGUAAUGUACCAAACGAUCCAUCCAGUACACUGGAGCCCCGUCUACGUCGGCGGAAGGAGUAGUAGCCUAGCUGACGAUGGAAUGGGACAAUUGAUGACAUCAGUUACAGUGCCAAUCUUCGACAGGAGAAAUCAUACACAAAGAGAAGCCAAUCUACUUGGUGUGGUUGGCACAGAUGUGCCUGUCGAUCAAAUAAAGAAGCUCGUGCCACCGUAUAAGUUGGGAGUGAACGGUUACUCGUUCAUGGUGGAUAACAACGGGCAUGUUUUGUACCAUCCUGAUUUAAGGCCUCUGCACACUAAUGAAGAGUACACAGAGACUCUGCGCCCACUUUACUCGAGUGUCGACCUCACCGAUGUGGAGCUACUUGUCGACUCCGACGAGAACUCGCGAGUCAACCUUACCUCGUUGUUGCUAGAUCUCCGCCACGACAUGAUAGAGCAGCGCGAGGGCGAAACCGAGAUAGGGGUGAAGGUGCAGUACGACGGCAUGAGGCGCGUGGCCACCCGCCGCCAGCGCUACUUCUACGGCCCCGUUGAGGGCACGCCCUACUCCUUGGCGGCGGUGCUGCCCGACGGCUACGGAAUGUACGAGCUCCAGGCCGAGCAGGAGAUCAAGCACAGCCCGUUCAAUGUCACGGAAUACUUUAAAGGCGACAAUUGGAAGGUUCACCCUGAUUGGGUGUAUUGCGAAUACGCAUCAACUUCGGACCAAGUGUUCAACACCCCUGAGGAGCAGCUAGAUAGAGAUUCCUAUUAUUGCGACAAAACUUUAGUACAAUCACUCGUGCGGGACGCAAUGGUAAUAAAAGAAUUGGACGCUCACACAGGACACGCAAACCAUCACUCCCACCCGAUAGCGACUUUAAUGGCUCUACUGACAAGGCAAGGUCGCUUCCACAAGUUCGUGGUGACGCUGUCGUUCAUCGCCACGCGUAGCGGCCUGCUGAAGUGGACCGACAACACGAACAGCUCACGCAACGCCGAAUCCUCCGAGCCGCACUUCAGCGAGAAGUACGGGCGGGCGUUCGACUCGGAGUGGUACAGACGGGCGGUGGAGCACCACGCGGUGGAGCCGGAGAGCUUCGUGUUCUCCGUGCCCUUCCGUGACAUGGAACUGGACGAGCUCGCGCCGCCGCCGCUGGUGAUGGCCACGCACGCGGUCUUCGUGGAGUCCAGGGGCCACCGGGCGCCCGCCGCCGUCGUCGGCCUCCAUUUCCAGCUGGACUCGCUGGUCAAGCAUUUCCUGAACGUCACCUCCACGUGCACUGCCGGUAGCGUGUGUAAAAAGACGUGCGCCGGCGAUGAGCUUGAUUGCUACAUUUUGGAUGACAACGGGUUCAUCAUCCUCUCCGAGGACACGACGCAGACGGGUCGGUUCUUCGGGCAAGUCGACGGCACCAUUAUGGACUCACUAGUCCAGGACAAGAUAUACAAGAAGGUCACCGUCCACGACCACCAAGGGCGCUGUCCCGAUCCUAGGAACCCGUUCAGCGGCGACGGAAAUAAGUUAACCCCUAUUAGGCCACUAUCUUGGAUGGGCAGCUAUCUGGCCAACUUACUGGCCGUUUGGUUUCCACUCUGGGAGACUGUACGAGCCCGGACAAGCCGCUACGCUGAUGAUGACUUAGACGCCGACUACGAAGACUACGAGAAAGAAGACAUGGAGUACGAGGACGUUAGCCGCGACCCGGGGCCAUACGAGAUAAUAGUGGAUGGCAACGGGGGAUCGGCAGUGGGGCGGGAGGGGCGGGAGGGCCACGAGGCGUGGGAGGGGCGGGAGGGGCGGGAGGGGCUACCGCGGGAGGCGCCGCGGGAGGCCGCGCGCUCCGCCGCCGUCCGCCCUUGCGACACCAGCGCCGAGCUGUUCACGCUGCAGUCGGCCAGACUGAACACCGCUCAGCCCCUAAAGGGGAAACUCACCAACUGCCACAACUCCGGCUGCGAGAGGCCGUUCAGCGUGCAGAAGAUCCCGCACAGCAACCUGAUCCUGCUGGUGGUGGACACACUGUGCCCCUGCGGCGCCAAGAGGCUGGACGUGAGGGCCCGCGAGGCGCCGGCCCGUGCCGUCUGCCGACGCCACGCGCCCAGCGCACACCGCCGCCGCCCGCGCCUCUGCGUCUCCUACCACCCAGAAGAAAUCGAAAUUUUAUCAUGUGGACGCGGGGCUUCUUUCCGGCCGUUGGCGUUCCUGGUGCUUAUGUUGCCAAUAUGGCCGCGGCUCGCCACG